AGUAAUUGAAGAAUUUAAACGAUCAAUUUUUAACAGGCUUGAAGGCUUUUGUGUAAAUAUCCCUAAGUAAUUGAAGAAAAAACUACUUUGGAAAGUAACCACAAAAUGUAAGCCCUGCGUUUGAGCACGUCCUCGGACUCGGUUGGUGGCGGUUCCUUCUGAAAACCUUGCAAAUACACCAAAACCAAAUCGGUAGAGCUCUUAACAACUCUUCUCCAAUGGAAAAUCCCAAUUCUAGAUCACUCUCCCUCAUCCACUCAGUAUCCCCUUACCCAACUCAUUCCAAUUCCAUCACCGAUUUCAAUUCGCUCUUCACCCAUAUCAACACCGUUAUCCUGUCAUCGCCAUCACCACGACAACCCUCAACAAAUCUCAAAUUCGCAUCAACAUCAAUCUCAUUAGAAACCUCACAAUCUCAAUUCGAUAAACCCCAAUCUCUAAACUGGCUCAAACCCACCACUCGAGGCUCACCCCAGUCUAUCGCUCUGUUCAAGACCCUUUCAGUUUUCGAACGCGCCCUCAUCGGCGCCGGUGCCGGCGGCAUCGCCGGCGCAUUCACGUACGUGUGUCUCCACCCACUCGACACCAUCAAAACAAAACUACAAACCAAAGGUGCAUCUAAGAUUUACGACAACACUCUCGAUGCAGUCGUUAAGACCUUUCAAAGCAAGGGAAUUCUAGGGUUUUAUUCGGGCGUUUCCGCUGUUAUUGUCGGGUCAACCGCCUCUUCCGCCAUUUACUUUGGGACAUGUGAAUUCGGUAAAUCUGUGUUGUCGAAAUUGCCGAAUUUCCCAGCUGUUCUAAUACCUCCUACAGCUGGUGCAAUGGGUAACAUAAUGUCUUCAGCUAUUAUGGUGCCGAAGGAAUUAAUCACUCAACGAAUGCAAGCAGGAGCAAAAGGUAGAUCUUGGGAGGUUUUAUUAAGGAUUUUAGAGAAAGAUGGCGUUUUGGGUUUGUACGCAGGCUACUCAGCGACAUUGUUGAGGAACUUACCUGCUGGGGUUUUGAGCUAUUCAUCUUUCGAGUACCUAAAAGCUGCAGUUUUGAGGAAGACGAAACAACCCAAUUUGGAGGCGUUUCAGAGUGUUUGUUGUGGGGCAUUAGCUGGUGCCAUUUCUGCUUCAUUGACAACACCAUUGGAUGUAAUGAAAACCAGGUUGAUGACUCAGAUUCAUUCAGAAAAGAUUUCUUAUGGUGUUUCUGAAAUGGUGAAGCAGAUUUUGAAGGAAGAAGGGUGGGUGGGAUUCACAAGAGGAAUGGGUCCUAGAGUUGUUCAUAGUGCUUGUUUUUCAGCUUUAGGGUAUUUUGCAUUUGAGACAGCUAGGCUUACCAUUUUGCAUGAGUAUCUUAGGAGAAAAGAGCUUGAACUUGCUUCUUCUGGAGUUGUCACUUCCACCUAAAGCCUUUCUUUAAUGAUAAUCGAGGAAAGUGUGGAAGAUGUAUGUUUGGGGGAAUGAUAUAAUAAAAGGAAAGAUAGUUUUUUGUAUUGGAUAUUUGAGAUAUCUAUGAUGUAUUUAUGAUGAUCAUAGUAACACCCAAUCAUAUAACUGUUUAUUUGUUGAUUUGGCUAGUUACCAUUUAUUUUGUAGACACUUUUUUGAAAUGAAGAGUUUUUGUAAGUUA